UUCCUCUUUGUUUUUUGUAUAAAAGUCGCCAUUGCCAUUGAAUAUCUCGGGAGGUGUAAAAUGAACGUCUAGAGUUUUUAAAGGAAUUAACAUCGUAACUGAUAAUAUCUAAACAAGAGUCAAUUAAUUCGUCCCUUCAUUUGUCAAGAAACAAAGACCGGUUGUCCCCCAAGCGUAAACAUUGCCCAAACCCUAAGCAUUGCCCCAAACCCUAAGCAUGAAGACCUAUCUCCUAUUAUUAUCCUGCCUAGCACUGUCUGUGAUAGACUCCAGGAUCUGGAAUAUUUCCAUCCCCGCCCACCUGCAGCACUGCUACAACCGAGUACAGCUGACACGCGUUGAUACCUAUGUAGGAAGUACUUACAGUUGGAUGUGUGAAAACACCAUGAAGAAAUCGGAAACUCCCGAAGGAAUGACCCAAUACGAUGCGCCCAAAUCAGGUUACUACAAACAUCUGUUUGACAAAUACCUAGAGACCGCUCAUAAGUCAGGGUCAGUCCGAGGUAGACGUCAGGCUCCUGGCAGCAGGUGUACCAGGAAGGAGUACCGCAUGUUAAGUGAUGAUGAAAGAGACAGAUUUCAUAACGCAAUCAACGCCUUGAAGCAAGACACAACUGUCCAGCCCAACAAGUAUGAUGCCAUAUCUCUUCUCCAUAGUGGACCUUCGAAUUUCAUCGCCCAUGGGGGACCUGGAUUUCUAGGCUGGCACAGAAUAUAUCUACUGAUAUUUGAAACUGCUCUUAGAGAAGUUGAUCCGUCGGUCUGUUUACCUUACUGGGACUCGUCACUGGACAACCAGCUAGCAGACCCAACAUCAUCCUUAAUAUGGACCCCUCAGUUUCUUGGCACUCCACAAGGUUCAGUGACGGAAGGUCCUUUCGCCAACUGGAUGACCCCUGAAAAUGUCCAGCUGAUUCGAAAUGUGGGAUCCGAUGGUGAAUUGUUUACAACAGCAGCGAUUUCCGACAUUUUGUCUAGAACAAGACAUGAGGAGAUCGUCACCGCCGACGCAACAGAGCCUCGUUAUGACCUCGAGUUCCAUCACGCGUCCGUCCACGUGUAUGUGGGUGGAGCCAUGACCAGACUGGACACUGCAGCCUUUGACCCGGUGUUCUUCAUGCAUCACGCCUUCAUUGACUAUGUCUGGGAUUUGUUUAGAACAAACUUAAGAAACAAUAAUGCCAACCCGGAAACGUAUCCAGAGAUAGUGAAUGUUGACCCACGCCAUAUUGCCACAGCUCAAACUGGUUUCGGUGACCUCACACAGGCCGAUGGCUAUUUAGACUCUUUGACAGAAUCUUACCAUUACGAAUCAGUUCCGGUCUGCUCAGCCAGGUCACCUGACUGUGGAUCAAGGUAUCUAGCUUGUCAACUAAGUACAGGCCGCUGUAUCGCCACAUCUCGCAACAGCCCAGUGGUUCCAACUCCUGCGCCGGUUAGCACCCCUAUCCCCCCUGUAAGCAUACCCACACCUUCCCCCAGCAUCCCUCUACCCACCAACUCCACGGAAACAUGUAGGAGGCCCUCCUCUGGCCUGCCCAUCCAGAACGACUACUGCUGUGAUAAGAGUUGUGACACAAGCCAAUGGGCCCUGAUCCCAGUCAAGAUCAUCAGCGUGAGACCCCCCAAGUUUCGUAACUACGGCAGUUACCCGGUCACGUCUGGUCACGUGGACAAGAACCAAGACAUCUAUGCACCAAAGGCCUACGUGAACACAGAUAAGUUUAUCUCAAGUAGGCAGAGCAAUCCCAAAACUUACAGGCGCUGUGAGAACGACACGCCCAGUGGUCAAGUGUUCCUCUAUUCAAGGGGUAUCAACUAUGAUGGUGAUUACAAGGAGUCGUCUAUUGUUGACCAAAGACUAGCCGUUUCCAUCUCCAUGGGUUUCGUUGGUGUCAAAAAGCCAGGACCUGGUGAAGGCGGUGUCAGCAAGGCUCUGAUCAGAGCCCAUGACUCGUGUGGUCGUGUCUGUCACGUGGCCUGUAAAGAUCCAAUCACCAACGAGUUUAAGGAAUGCUCCGGAGCUGUGGCCGUCAGCGACGAGGCGCCACAAAUGUACGGGCUCAACUACGACGAUGCUUUCAUGAGUGUAUUUGACUAUCAGUUCAACAGCGACUGUCCAAAGUUCAAGACCGAGAAUUUUUAUCUGACUUUCUACUGUGACUACCACGAUACAUUUCCUUACGCCCAGCCAACACAGAGCCCACCCCCACCUCCACCACCCCCAACUCCUGAACCUGUCAUCGACCAUAGCACAAGUUGCCCCAUCAGUCCAGAUUGCACUAUUGAUGUACCAUGUGAGGGCCAUUACCGACACUGUACACGGUACAACGAGAGACACGUCUGCCAAGGAUCAUGCAGUUCUUUCGCAGCCUGCACCUACGGCCAUUACUUCGUUAGGAGAUGCCCAAUAGGACAGUUCUUCGAUGACGUCACGCGAAGAUGUACAUACGGCUACUGUCAGCCUGGUUCUCCAAGAGUUGUGCGCCCUGCGAGAUAUUACUAUUUUGGUAGAUAAAAAGUUCCUUGCAAUCCAAGACGCUAAUAGAUUGAUUUUUAAAAAAAUACACAAUGAGACUGUAAAAUAUAAAUCCACCAAGACUGCUUCUAAUUAUGAAUACUUGUGAUUUACAUAUACAAUUGCGCCGUUCAAAGUGAACAGGUUUUCAAAUUGUAUAAAAUAUGUUGUGCUCAACGUAUAUGUGGUUUCGUAAUUUUGUAUAAUACAAAUUCUUUUUGCGUUGAUAUUUGAAUUCCUUUUAAUAGGGAUGUUUGGAUUGAACUCAAGUAUUUCUUCCUUGAGUGUCACCACCAUGUCAGUGUCAAUGAUAUUUCUCUGAUCUUUAAAGUAAUGCAUAACACUUGUUGGAUCGAGACAAGGCGUUAUAAAAGACCUCAACACUGACAUGCAAUGUCGUAACCUGUGGGCAGUUUAGACUUUUCGACAAAUAGCUCGUGGCCACGUCAUAAUUCAGUACAACAUGGCAACGAGCUAUUGGUCUCCAUUGCCCACAUGUCGCGACGUCCCAGGUCAGUGUUGAUUUCUUCUAUUACGAAUAGUCUCGAUAAAACACGUGUCGUGCGCUACUUCAGACAUUCUAGAAUGACUGGU